UUUUUUUUUUUUUUUUCAGAUAGGGAGUCAGACUUACAGGGAGCUCCUGUGACUUUCUCCCAGAGUGCAGCUGGGUAGGGAUGGGAUCAGGGCUGAGAAGUCUGAUAGGACACCGGUGCUCCUUCCUGGAUGCCUCUCAUGGCCAGGAUGUUGCUUACAUUAGUUCUCACCGCCCCUGGGACCAAUCACUUUUAUUGCCAAUCUAUUUUGGGUCCCUGUCCUUGUGGCAGUAAAUCAUUCUUUCAGAGCUCCGUAUUUAACCUUGCAAGACUGUGUGCACAGGCUGGGGAGGGGGGGGGCACUUACAUAAAUGCAUUAUUUUUAACCUGCCUGGCAUGCUUUGGUUGGCGUUAAAUGAAUGCGUGUGGAGAACAAAGGUUUGUGGUUCUUCUGAGGCCACCACGCUGGGGUUUCUUUCUUAGUAAGUCUCAUUCUGGGUGCCUCUGCAGCUCCUCGCUUACCGAGGGAGGACGACGCUUACCGAGGGAGGACAACGUGAGUGUGUCACCUUGGGAGGGAGCAGCAUGCAAGCUUUUUUUAUGCGUUGAUGCGAUGGUUUUCAUAUGGAGGAUGAGGAAGCUUUUCUUGAUAUUUAUUCUCUUAGUACCGAGGAAGUGGCGGGCGUCAGAUUCGAGUUCUGAGGCUUGGAAGCUGUGGUCAUUCACGUACUAAACAGAGAUUGUGUUCUCAAGAAGGUCCCUGGUACCCUGAGUGUUUUGAGGAGGAAAGCUUGGGGGCAGGGGAGUGGGGAUGCUCUGUGCUAGUGUGUGUUGGUCGCUCCUUUUUAGGUGUCACGGCUAGCUAAGCUGUUUCAGAGGAAAGUAAGGAGUCUUCCAUCAAGACAUUGCAAACUCACUCACUGAGGUGGGAUGUUACUUGAUUUCCCCCCCCCCCCCCAUGCUCUUUUAACUCUCUGAACUUUUCGCCAAGAUUUUAAAAUGAAGUCUGUGGUGAUGUUCAAAGUGAAAGGCGUAUUAAUUGUGAUUUUUUAAAAAAAGGUAUGAUUAACAAAAUACAAUUAAGGUACUUUUAAAAAAGACUUUUUAAAUGUUAUGAUGAUGGAUUUGGAUACUGGAAAGCAAGAGGUAACGUUUGAAGUUAUCGACUUAAAUGAGCCAUAGCUGAUACUUACUUUGUUUACUUUAUUCCUGCGCCGAAGAAAAUAAAAUUUUAAUCUCAUAUUCUUGGCAGGAUUCCAGAGGGAAGUCAUAUUCUUAAUCAAUAGCCACACUUACCUAGAAAAAUCACUUAUGUUGAUAGGAGCGAGCUGUGUUAGACGAUAAAAAGCAGUAACGGUGACCUUCCAAUCCUUCAUCAGCUCUACAGUGGCGUGGCCAGGGUUACCUUGAGCGUGUUAUCUUGACAGGACGGCAGGAAGACAGGUCCUGCUCGGACACUGAAGGAAGAAAGCAUUUGAGUGGCACUUCUCUGAAUUCCUGUGGAAUGUCUUUCCUGCCUGGGUGUCCUUUCCCUCAUUCCUGCUUCUCUUGUCCUUUGGUGAGCUGGCAGGGGCCGAGCCAUCUGCCUGGAGGACAGGUGUGCUUUGCAUCUUCACUUUAUUGAAUCAGAUGCAGCGGCCAGGAGAGGUCCACAGCUGGAGCAAGACCCUGGCUCCCUCCCAGAGUGCUCUUCUUUCUUUUCAGAGUUCUCAGAGGAGGAGCUGUCACCAAAGGAGUGGCACAGGAAUGGCCAUGAGGAGCUUUUCUGUGACCACUGCAGAGCUGGCUGCUUUAUCACAUUUUGGCUUAGUCCCUGCCUGUGUCUCUGAAUUGAUAAAAAGCAGCCUAAGGCUGUGGGGGAAGGCCCUACAGGUGUGGGUGUGUGGCUGUCACCUCUGCUUUCUGUCCCUGAGUUUUCCUGAUUUCUGGUGUUAGAUUCUCCUUCCUUUAAAGUAACUUUGCCUUACCUAACUCUCCACCAAACCCCUUCUAUACUUCAGCUCCCUGCUGGCUUAAAGAGACCAGUAUCUCUAAUAGGCUGUCCCAAGGUUGUGAUGUGAUUAGGCCUUACACGCAAGACCUCCUUGUUUAUGGGAAAUCUCCCUCUGAACAUUUAUGGUUAAUCUGUAAAUGUUCAUUUGCAAUUCUUAGUCAAUAGUAGACACAUUAAAUUUCCUUCAUAACUGUGUUUUGACUUCAUAAUUUCCCCUUUCUAUUCUUUAUCCACCUAAGGAAGCCCCUUAAGAUCCAAAUAAGGAGCCGCCUGCUUUCUUGGGAAAGUUUAUAUUGCUUGUCACAGAGCUGGUGAGAGAUGUUCACUUGGGCUGCAGUGAGCAGAGCUGCAGGAAGAGGGUGACCUCUGGAAUUGUCUCUCUCCAGAGACUUUGCCCCCUGUGGAGUGUUUAGUCUGAGGGCCACAUGUGCUCUGCAGGCCAAAGAUCUUUUGUUGACAAAUGUACUUGACUUUUAGCUUCCUAGCUCCUUGUCUAAGAUCCUCUUGGGAGGGGAUUACAAAGUCACCUAUAGACAAGUGUGAUGUACUAGAUAUAUCACCCAAUUUGGUUUUUUUCUCCGAAAAUAAAAGUUCCUUCCUGGGUUCCCAUGAGAAGUGUGCCUUGCGGGAAGCCAUCUGGUAUGUAAGUAAGAGGUAAGAUUGGUGGCUUGAAGCACGACUCACCAGUAUUGCAACACUGGCAGCUCUGAUUGCUGCUGCUCUGAGUUUUCCCGCUCUCGUGACUUUUACUGCAGUGCCUCUGUACUUCUGGCAUUGAACAAGCUUUCUAGGGAUUUGGAGAUGGGCUGUUCCUGUCUUCCUGUUUGCAGAUCAUCCUCUUUGUAUCGACUUGUCUCAUAUUCUGAUGAGGAGAAGGGAAAGAUGGAUGGUGGAAAUCCACAAGAUUUUUAGCAAAAUGGAGCUCUUCUUAGUAAUUCUGGUUUUGGGGAUACUGGAUUACAUAGAUUGUCACUGUUCAUGAAGAGAGGGAACCCCAGAUGAGUCCCCCUUCUGUGUGUGUCUGUGUGUGUGUGUGUGUGUGUGAGAGAGAGAGAGAGAGAGAGAGAGAGAGAGAGGCAGAGAGAGAGAGACACAGACAAAGAGACAGAGAAAGUGACUCCCCAAACAUACCUAUUAUUCUGAAUACUGCAUAAGAGCCAUUAACACCAGCCCUGCCCUCCAAGAAAAGCUGGCUGUUUGUUAGUAUUCUCAUUCACUGGCCACUUGGUGCUGUGAUUUGCCAGGUCCCAUGUAAGAUGUCUCUCUCUCUUUAAAACUCAGAUCUCCUCUUCAGCAUGUGGUGUGGUUCUGGGUUGCAGAUGUCUCUGUCAGCUUCUUGUGCCCCAGGUCUCUCUUAUAAAAAUACCUGUUCCCUUUAUUUUCCCAACCUCUGUUGGGCAAGUAAAGGGGCCUCACUGUAUACCGCAUCCUGUAGAGUCUGGACUGUCAUUUGAAAUGUAAGACAUAGAUUCUUGGGUGUUGAUGGUCAAAGCUAUAAUUCCACAGUGUAGUACCAAGUAAAAGUUGACUGAAAGGUUCUAGGAUACAGCAAGUGUUUCCCUGUGUUGGUUUGGGCUCUGUAAUUUAGUUUCUGUGUCUCUUUCUACCUAAUUAUAUCGCAUACUACUUUUACACAAAUAACACAAGUAGCCCCACAUUGCCAAGGGAGGAGUAUGGCUGGCUUGGUUUACUUGACUCACAUCUGUUGCAGACCAUGGGGAAGUCUUGACUGACGUAUUGCUCCCGUGUCUUUGGCUGUCUGGACUGGGUGAAAGUGCUGGGAAAUGUCUGUGGCUAUGAAUGCAGUGUUGGCAGGAGAGGCAGAGCAGGGCCCAAUGGAGCUAGCCAGGUAAGGGAUUCCUUAUGCCAUUACCUUGUAAUAUAUUGUAACGAGUCCUAGGGCUUUCUUCCUUACUUAGGGAAAGAACAAGCCAGAGGGCUGGGGAGCAUCUUUUCAAGCAGUGGUUUUCCUAAGUGGCCAUGGGCGUCCUGGCUUGUCUGUGUUUCUGUUUUGUUCUCUCUGCCCCCUCCUUUGCUGUUUUUCAUGCUCUGUACAAGCAGAUGAUAUUGAGAGAUUGUGGUGGUGGUGGGAAGGUCAUUUGUUCCUUUUCCUUUUAGUAAGACAAGUGUUAGGCAUUUGUUUUGGGCUCUUCUACAUUUGGGAUGCGGUUUUACGAGACUCAGUUGAUCUGAUCUCCUCAGAGUUGAUAGUGUAUUGACGAAUAAAAGAACAGAAUUGGGUGGGUAUUUUAGUCUGAAAUUGGGGAUUCCUUUUUUUUGUUGUUUUGUUUUUUGUUUUUUGUUUUUUGUUUUUUUUCUAGACAGGGUUUCUCUGUGUAGCCCUGGCUGUUCUGGAACUCACUCUGUAGACCUGGCUGGCCAGGAACUCAGAAAUCUGCCUGCCUCUGCCUUCCAAGUGCUGGGAUUAAAGGUGUGCACCGCCACUGCCCGGCUUGGGUGUUACUUUUGAACCAUUAUUACGUUAAGUCUUUUAUUUCAAAGUAACCAAGGGUAAUACAAAGGGCGGUCAGGAUGAGCUUCUUUGAAUUGUAGCUUCGCUGUUACUUUUGCCUUUUCAGGGUAUUUAGUCGGCUGUGUCUUCAUUGUUAAAUGCAUGUAAAGAUACAUUUACUUGGAAGGGGAAGAAACUAAUUUGAGAGGUCAGAACUCAUACUCUGCAGAGAAGAAGGCUUUCUCUGAUUUGCGAGUUGUUGCCAUUUCCCUGUUUGUUUUGUCUGCCUCUGUGGAUUUGGAUACAUCAUUUCCCUUUUGAUCCUGAACCAUCCCACAGCAAACGGUAGAAAUGAUGACGUCCAUCGCCUGUAAAUCAGGAGAGCUCAACCUGUGGGUCGUGAUCCCUGUUGGGGGUGGGGGUGGUAUAACUGGUAUCCUGCAUAUCAGAUAUUGACAUUAAGAUCCAUAACAGUAGCAAAACUAUAGUUAUGAAGUAGCAACAAAUAAUUCUGUGGUUGAGGGUCACCACAGCCUGAGGAACUGUAUUAAAGGGUCGCAGUGUCAGGAAGCUUGAGAGCCGCUGCUUUAAAUGGUUCCAUAUGUGUUUCUGAGAGCAAGAAAAUGUCCUGACACAAUGAUGAAGGUCAGGAAUUAUUGAUUUUUUUCCUUCGAGAUAGAAUCUCAUGAAGUAACCUGGGUAGGCCCUGAAUUUGUAAUCUUCUUGCUUUGGCCUCCCUAGUGCUGAGAGUAUAUGCCUAUAGCAUCAUACUGUGUGAGUACAAUACCAUCAUAUAAAAUCUACCAAUUUAAUAUAAUUUAAUCUGUUGACAGCAAGUACUUUAUUUUGUUUGUUUCAUUUUUGUUUUUCGAGACAGGGUUUCUCUGUGUAGCCCUGGCUGUCCUAGAACUCACUUUGUAGACCAGGCUGGCCUCAGACUCAGAAAUCUGCCUGCCUCUGCCUCCCAAGUGCUGGGAUCAAAGGCGUGCGUCACCAUCACCUGGCCGAAAAUACUUUUAACAAUUAAGAAAAUUAUGACCCAUGAUCAUUUUAGGAUCACAUAUUGCAUUUAGUUUUAUAGCUGUUUGGAUGCUUUUAAUAAGAACAACUUCUUAGUCUGUCUUCUCCGUUACCUUGAUGUUAUUGAAUAUGUGUACUGGUUAGCAUCUGCCAGGUUGAGAUGUGUGAUUCCCCAUUAGAUUCAGGCUGUGGAGUUUUUGUCAGGUGAUCUUCCUGUAACAACACAUCCAGGAGCAAUCCCGCUGCAUUCAGCUACCCCACUACAUCUAGCUGUCUAGCUAUCCACUGCAUCCAGCUGCUCCACUGCCCUCCAGCUGCCCACUGCUAUCCAGCUUCCCCAUUGCCAUCCAGUUGCCCACUGCCAUCCAGCUGCUCUACUGCUAUCCAGCUGCCCCACUAUGCAGCGGCUCCACUGCCAUCCAGCUGUACCCACUGCCUUUCAGCUAUCCCAUUGCUCUCCAGCUACUCCACUGCCAUCCAGCUGCCCCAGUGUGGUAGUGUCACUUUUCAUCAUAUGAUCCAGGUGGUCACUCCAGGUCCCUUUCCCCUUGUAAUUACUUAGCAUUUCGUGGUGAGAUAAUGUGCAGCUGUGUGAAACCUUCUUUUUUUCCCCUUUUUCUAUUUGUUAGUUGUGGCGUCUCUUGUAGAUCAUUGUCUGAAUUACUUAUUAGUUGGUGCUUUGCCAAAUAGUGGCUUUUCUAACAGUAUCCUCCUCUGUUGGUUUUUUCCAUCACAAGAAGGCGUUUUCCCUUUGCACAUCUUACAUGUGUGAUGAGCACGGCCUCAUGAAUGGCAUCCUGUGCGUUCUGUUAGUUACAAACUUGCUGCCAUUAUCUUGCUGCUCAAAUUGUCCACAAUUUGAAUAGCAGCUUUAGGCUGGCUCCUUUAUCUUUUGUAACCCGUCUCCAUCAUUUUAUUUCAUUUUUAGUACUUGUUCACUUCGGGGCACAAUAAAUAGUUCAAGGAUCAUCUUGUUUUUCCCUUGCCCCGGCCCAGGGAUCAGCCAUUACUGGUUCAUUUUAGCAGAAUGGGCGAUCAGUGUGCUCAUUGCCUGCAGAACCUCUCAGUGGACUGAGCUCGUGACUGUGUGUGUAAAUACUGCAUAACCAAACACACACUCAGCAUAAUUACAUGGUUGCACUUAUCCUUGGCUCUCUUUCUUCACCUAACUGAAAGAAAAACCAUGUGUUGAACGCAGGCCUCCAGCACACAGGGCUCUUCUUGCUGGUUCCAUGUUUGUGACUCUUUUGAUAGUGAAGAGUCUGGCUUCCCUUACCUCACAUGCAGGAGGCAAUUUCAGAAUGCCUGCCUCUACCAAAGUGAUAGACAGAUGUCCAUCUGGAGAUGUCCAUCUGUCCAUUAAAGUGGAGAGAGUGAACCCCAGUCCUGGUGAGCUUUUGUUCCACACAGAGCCUGGUUGGGUAGUCAUCUAAACAGAUAAACCCUUCAGCCCCAGAGGCCGCCAGGCUGCACCUGUGGCUUGCUUUCCAAUGUUGCUGCAGCACAAAGUUUGAAAUAAGAUGUCUCCAAGAGGGAAAGAGAUCAGUUUCAAAUAGAUGUAGUUUACUAACAGGACGGAAGUCUAUCGUCUUCAUUGCAUUGUGCAUUAGUUGCCAGAGAGAAGAACUAAGAAGGAAGGUGGUACAUCAGUCAGGACACCUGACAGGGCAUCUAUCAGUAAGGAUGUUUGAUGAGCUAUCUAUAUAGGAUCUGCAGUAGCAAUGGCUGUGAGCUAGAUGAGGCUGGAUUGGGCCCAUCUGGUCUCAGGACUCCAGUGCACUCUCACUUGAAGUAAGGAGCCAUGGCUUGAAGGUGUUGCUUGCUGCCUUCCCUGGAGUUUCCCCAGAGAAUGCAGUGAUACUCCUGGUUCAGUAUGGGGCUCCUAGGAAAUAUGCAAGUGUAUGUGCACGCAUGUGCUCACGUGCACUCAGUUCUACAGAUCAGAAAAGAGUGGGUGAGUUUUUUGUGCUACUGGCAGAGUAUUGCCCAUUUAUUUGUUUAAGCAUUAAGUCAUAAUGUGGAAUUUUGGUUCCUGAUUUGGGGAGAUAACUCUUUAAUUCUAUAUACUGUGUUCUGCACUUUCUACAAAUAUUCUCAUUCUUGUUAAAUUGUAUUCUGGAGAAUUUUGACUGCUGUACCUCCUGAAGUCCUUCAUGUGGCUAGAACAUUUUGUCACUAGAGGAUGGUGGUUUCAUGACACUCUGAGAGAGAUAUUUUUGAUAUUUAGUAAAGUUGGAGAGAAGGUCAUGACCGAGGCAGGAUGGUUGCUAAUGGGCAGGCACUGUUGGCAAAGUUCUUUGGGAGACGAUGGAAAUGUUUUGGAGUUAGAGACUGGUCAUCAUUUCACAGUAGUGUGAAUACAUGAAAACCACUGUACUCUCUACAUGGGGGGAAUUUUAUAAUACCUAAGUUACAAACCAGUGAAAGAAAGGGGCACCGAUGGCAGACUCUCAGAUGUCUUCAGUUUUGGGAUGUUUUCUGUGGUCCUCUUCAAGGAAGGCAAUGAAAAUCUGGUUUUUGCAGGAGGAACUAGAAUUCAGAGGGGUCUUUUCACAGCCCCUGGGACAGACCUAGAGCGGCUUCUAGGGAAGGUGGGUUGGGGUCUAGGGAAAAAGCAGCAUUUUCCUGGUGGUCGUGUCUAGGAAUGAGGGGAAAUCACUAUUUGGUGGGCAAUUAUGGGACUGAUCUGACCUUUGUUUUCAGUGUGGUAGCAUAUUUAGAAUUUUGUUUUGUUUUCUUUUUGAGACAGGCUUUCUGUGUGUAGCUCUGUUUGUCCUGGAACUCACUCUGUAGACGAGGCUGGCCUCCAACUCAGAGAGCCAUCUGUCUCUGCCUCCCGAGAGCUGGGAUUAAAGUUGUGUGGUGCAUCAAUACUGCCUGGCUCAUAGUUAGAUAUAUGUAGACCAUCUUGGAUCAACUUCUUAGCAAGUUUCAAAUGAAACGAAUUGAAUUUCUUUCCUACUGAUUGAUGGUCUCAGACCCAGUGAGUUGUUUUUUUGGGUAGGGAAGGGCAUACAUAGCUGAUUAUAGUGAAACUGGCCAUAGUUGGCUGUCCUGUAGAACUCUAGGGUUGUUGACAGAAGCAGCUUUCUGUUGUGUUCCUUCCUGCAUAAAAUAUCACAGCCAGCGCUUUCCCCUAGUGUGGCUUUUGUACAGCAUAGUGGCAGCCCCUGUGCUCACUAGUGAGGGCCAGAAUAUGGAGUGUUUUGUUAGAUUCCAAAACAGAAACAAUCAGUUUGUAGAAUACAUGCUCACGUGCGUGCACACACACUUAGUGGCAAGCCCUUUCCUUGUACUUGCUGUGGAGUUCAUUUGCCACUCCUGUGCAGUGUUUCUAACCUCACUUGAAAGCACACAUCUCAGAAGGAAGACAAGGUUUUGUGAGGCUUUGUUCCUGAGAGAAGUGAACCUUUAAGACUUUGCAGCACUCUGACAUUCUCUGUUCUGGUGUAUACAUCAGAUGCACAUAGAGCAAGCAGGUUGGAGAGCAUCCCCAGGGCAGAGCCUCUCAGCACAGUGCCUCCUGUUGGGCAGUGACCUUCUUGGGACAUGUGCUCUGUCAUCUUUGUUUCUUAGUUCCAAAUGCCUAGCUUAGUAUUAGUGAGCACUUGAAGUGGUUUUCAUCUUCAAAGAACUUUAUGGGCAUUAUUUAAUAUACAUGACACUUUAAUGAAUGAUCUGUUUAUCCCCUGAGUAGCGUCAGUAUGCCGGGUGCCAUACAGCUGGAGAAGACAAAAAUAAUGUUCUGUCCAGGGGGAGUUUAUAGUCCAAAGAGACAAGAUGAUUAGGCAGGUUCUCUUUUGGCCUCCUUUUAAAACUGUGCUGGGGAAUAAUGUAAAAGUUAAAAUUAAAGAGAUGAUCUGCAAGCACAGGCUGUGUAAUUGAAAUUGCCCUCAAGGUGAAAAUGAAUUUUGGGAUGCUCUUAAAAAGACACAGCGCAUUAGGUCUCAUUUCUCACACAUCCAUUGGUAGACGUGGUGUCUUCCUCAGCUCUAGGCGAGGGCGGCACUACUGUAGGCCAGGCAGAAUUGGUCUCGGCUCUUGCCCUGCCCAUCCCAAAUGCCUGCUUUGGAAUGCCACUUUACAGUGGAGAUCACAUGUGAGGGCUGGUGGGUUUCUGAGCCGCAGACCUGGUCAGGGGGAACUUGACCAUGUUGCCCUGCCAGUACAUCCUGCUCUGUGCCCAGUACCUUCUCCCCUGUGUUUGCUCGUCCUCCUCUGUGGUUUGCUUUCUUCAUCUGAGCGCUGUACCUUGCCUUUGGGAAGCGCGCUUGUCCUUCCUGUGCUUGCUUCCUGUGGCCAGUCGGUCCUGGCAGGGCAUCUGUUUACAGCUAACUUUCCCUGUGGCUCCUCUGGGCUGUAAUUAUUCCUUCCCUUGUGAGUAUGAGCUGCCGGGACCUCGGAUCUCACUGUAGCUCCCAGGAGAAGCAGGGUGAGCAACUGCUGACUUAUGCCCACAUUUCCUUAAUCCAGACCAGCACAGUCACCUGGACUUUAAGACAAGGAAGUCGUCAUCUGAUACAGAGUUCUAGGAUGAUGCUCUGGGAUCUGUAUUUUGAAAAGGCCUCAAGGUAAUCCAGAUGCACAUGUAGACAGGUCCUCUAAGGCAUAGCUUAGAUAGUUGUGGGUUCUGGGGAAUCUAUCCAUCCAGUUGUUAUGCUGAAGAAAUGCCUGAGGCCAGUGCUUAUCAGGAAAGUGUGUCUAUUUACCUCACAGUUUCGGAGGCUGGAAGUUCAGGCUCCCAAGAGGGCCCCUGGCUGUCCCACAUCUUGGUGGGUCCAUGAUGAGGACAGAGAGUGAUGCCUGUAGACAGUGGGAACCUCACUGCACUGAUAGGAAGACAGAGCGAGUAAGGGUUCAGGCUCAUUCUGGACCACUCUUCUUCCAAAAAACUAACUCAGGGUCUCAGGAGAACUACUCGAAUCCCUUCUGAGGGCAGAACCUGUAGUGAACUGGGGACUUCUCACUGGGCCCCACCUCUUAAGGAUCUGUCACUUCCCAGUGUGACCACACUGAGGACCAAGGCACUAGCUGGUAUAUAUCCACGGGAGACAACACAUAUCCACACUCUUGCUGGGACUGCAGCCGGUAUUGAGUAAGGUGAGGUACAGUCCUUCCAUGAGCAUACCUGGAGCAAAAGAAGAACAUUUGUUCAUCCAUCUGUGAGGUCUACAAACUGAAGGAGAAGACACAGUUGGGCCUCCAGCUAAGGAAGUGACAGUGUUGUCAUAGAGAUGCUGCACACACAGUACUGAAGGGGAUGAAGCCAUCACACUUUAGCUGCACACACAGUACUGAGGGGGAUGGAGCGCUCACACCUUAGCUGCACACACAGUACUGAAGGGGAUGGAGCGCUCACACUUUAGCUGCACACACAGUACUGAAGGGGAUGGAGCGCUCACACCUUAGCUGCACACACAGUACUGAGGGGAUGGAGCGCUCACACUUUAGCUGCACACACAGUACUGAGGGGAUGGAGCGCUCACACUUUAGCUGCACACACAGUACUGAGGGGAUGGAGCGCUCACACCUUAGAUCGUCAGGAGCAAUGACUUGUCUUCUCCAUUCUCCCAGCCCAUAUUCUUUAUGCUGAUACUCAGGCUUCUGCCAGCGCAGCUCUUUGUUCUUUUACCGCAGAGUAGACAGAGUUCACACUAAGAUCAGAAAUGGGUGGUGAACGCCAUAGACACAGUUACAAGUGCUGGUGAUAGAGGGUGGGGGAGCAUUUGAGGCAUCUAGGAAUAAUGGCCUCCUUAACUCUGCCCUUAGAACACAUACAUAAUUUGUAUAUUUUUCAGUUUUCAUUUUGUAAGUUCUACACCAUCUCUUAGUAAUAUUUUUAUGAUGCUGAAGAAUUAAACCCAGGAUCUUGUGCAAGCAUCCCACCACUAGGCUACGUCUCUCGGAUCCUUCCCUUAUUAUUUUAAGAGCACCAGUCAGGCACCAAAGGUCACAGACACCACAUAUGUAUGUAUGUGUGUGUGUGUAUGUAUGUGUGUGUGUGCGUGUGUGUGUGUGUAUGUAUGUGUGUGUGUAUGUAUGUGUGUGUGUGUGUGUGUAUGUAUAUGUAUAUAUAUAUCUCAUAUACAUAUAUGCAUAUAUAUAUAUAUAUAUGCGUAUCUGAUAAAUGUGUAUGUGGAUUUUGUUUUUAAGGUAAGCUCUCAGUCUGUAGCUUUAGUUACCUGCCUUGAAGCCAUCCUCCUGUCUCAGCCUCCCAAGUGCUGGGCUUCUAGAACACUGUUGGCUUCUAGAACAGCAGCUAGCUAGUCAGGGAGAAUUUUAUCUCCUGGAGUGACAGAAACUGAAAUUUGUUGUAAGAGGUUUGUUGCUAAAAGAAUACCAGAGGGCUGUUUUAGGUUUAGGCAGUGCAUUUACUUUCACAGUGUUUCCGUACGUGGUCAGCUGAGAAAAGGGUGUUUUUUUGGUGAGGCGCUCUCUGAGGCUUUUACCUUUCCUUUUCUCUCCUCAAGUGAUGCGCACCUCUAGCAGGUUGUACCUCUCCUUAAGAACAAUGGUCUUUCUGAGGGAGCCUUACCGAGAGCUGGCAGCUAACACUGACACUCCAUGGAGCCUGUCACUUCACCGUGACUACAGGGAGCAUCUGGAGAGGCGCUGAGAACAACUUCCACAUGAAGGAAAUCAUAAUUACAUUAAUGUCGCUUAAGAAAGCAUUGUGUUUGAAGAGUUGUAGAUUCUUAGGUGACAGAAGCAUUUAGAAAUCUCCGCAGGCUUUCCUCCGUUCAUUUGCUGGAGGUUCACUCUGUCAUAGCCACAGUUAUCGCAGUAGGAACGCACCAGGACCUUUGCAGUCUCCAGCCUUCCUGCAUUGCCCGUGUGUGCCCCUGGGUUCCCACUGACUGCUGCUCCUCUGCCCACAGGGGGACCUGUUGCUUAAAUGUACUGUUUCUCUGCUGUAGGCGUCCCUUCUUCUCAGCAGAGACACACAGGCCAGUUAGCUUGCCUCUGUUGAGUAUAGUGCAGUGACUCAUUCAAGUGACAUAAGUCUGUUGACACUUUCAUGUCAAUGAUAGAUUGUUUUAUAGCAUUAUCACAUGUCUCUGGGUGAUCGAAUCUAUAGUUAGUUCAGUCCUGAACUAGCUAGCAUGUAGGACGCCCUAGGUUUGAAACCUGGCACUACAUAAAACCAGGGUUCGAGAGUAGUCUGGGCUAAAUACAACCAUAGAAGCCACCACCGAUGUAGCCAUCGCCACCACCACCACCAAACUCAUCUAGAAACCAGUCUUAAUGGGUAGGCUCAGCCAUUGAAAUGAGGGAAAUAUGGGAGCAAGCCACAGUUUCUUGGGGGAACUGCCAUACUGCAUGGCAAGGUUGGCUCAUCUGCCUGAGAGCUUUACCAUUGAAGAAGGAUUUAGUGCCAGUCAGAAUAAGGUUGAAGGAAGUUGUCCAGAUGUUUAGAUGCUGCCGUCCGGAGGCCAUUUGUUGUUGUAAAGUUUGUGGCUUUGUUGUGCCUAGUUUUUUUCUGAGAGUACUUCAGGAACAGUCAAACCGGCCACUCAGCCAACAAGGUCACAGUUACCUUUGCUCACCCUCUUGGCCAGCUGGUGUUGCUAGGACUUGCCUUCCCCUCAGUCAUUCCCUUGGUUGUCAGCUACUCUACGUGAGAAAUUCAUAUAUGGGCUCCAUGGCCGGAAAUAAAGGUGACUAAGAAAAUACCGACAGCAUGUAAGGGCCCUGAGGACUGUAGACGGGCGCAUACUGCCUCAGGAUGGGUGGCCUUCCCAUGAUGGUCUGUGCAUAUUGCAUGGUGAGGACCCCUGGUUCUGAGGAAACAAAGGGCCGUCUGAAGAAAGGUGGGUGAGUCCAAGGGAAGUCCGCCAUCUUGCCCUCUUUAGCUUAGCCUCCCUAUAGCCAUCUUUGCGUUAUAUUUUCCAGUUGUCAUCUGUCAUUCUUAGAGAUUUUCCUCAUUCAGGAGAGUGAUUCACCCUCACGUCUCUCUCCCUGCCUCUGCCCUUCUGAAAUAGCCUCCCCUGCCCAGCAAUAAGCUUUUCCAAGAGGCGUUGACCUUGUGCAUAGCUGUCAGGAAACCCUCCUCGAGGUGGUGUUGACUUCCUCCUGGUGCCAUUUCUAGGCUUUCUGCCCCCAGAGGUGACAGUGCAGAAGAGUGGCCAGGGACUGCAGGGAUCACCCACUGGCUCUAGCUCGCCGAAUGUUUCUCUUCCCAGGGUAGACCCUUUAUUUUUAUUUUCACACAUUGAUUCCUUUCUCCCGUGGUUUCUUCUGCCUACCCGGUGAGGGCAGCUGCUCCACUCAUGGCCGGUCGCAGAACAUGGAGGCAGAGCUAGGGGUUUUCUCUGUGGCAGGAGUUUAGGAGAGAGUCCCAUAAAGCACUGAUUCACAGCCUGUGCGUCUCAACUACCACAGGGGUCGCGUAUCAGACAUGCUGCACAUCAGAUAUUUACAUUACAAUUCAUCACAGUAAUGACAGCUAUGAAGUAGCAAUGAAACGAUUGUAUGAUUGGGGUCACCACAAUGCGAGGGACUCUUUUAAGGAUUGCAGCAUUAGGAAGGCUGAGAAUGACUGCUGUAGAGAGAGUCUGAUAGACUUUGUUUCAGCCCCUAACCACAGUCAUAAACUGGGGGAGCAGUGCCCCCUUUCUCCUCUACUUGGGGUCUGUUCCACUCUCUCUUCCCUCUUCCUGUCUCUACUCUUGUGCCUCAUCACUUGGCAGUCACCUGAGUGACUCUGUUUGAACCUAACUUCUUUAACCAGUUUUAUAUAGUUUAAAAUUUGCAUUUAUGAUGAUCCUCGUAAACUUGGCUUAGCAAGUAAACCUCAUGGUCUUUAUUUCUUAGGAGUAAUUUAGCCCCCUUUGUUAAACUAUUACUUCUUGAAAAUAGUUUUGGCUUACCUCUGCUCUAGCACACAUAAUUUCUCCCUGAUAUUUUAUCUCCAAGCUGGAAUCGUCAUUGAAUUUGAAUCUCCUCCCAUUUGUGCCCCUUGUGCUUGGGACAUAGUUGGUGCUUCUCAUGUCUAUUUAUUGAGCAGGGAAUGCCAUAGCCCCAGUCUCAGGGGUCAGUUUCCUCCUUGUCUUGGGAGUCAGGUGUACAGUGGUAAGUAUUGAGUCAGCAGACUUGGGCAGAAGUCCCAGACAUUUUAUGGUGUAAUGUCCUCACUAAUAAAAAAAAUUGUGGGAGUGGGAAGAAAGGAAGAGAGAGAGAGAGAGAGAGAGAGAGAGAGAGAGAGAGAGCAUGUCCUGGCAGAUGAGGGAUACAGGGGGCGGUGGGGGGGGGGCGGGGGACAGCCAAGGAAGGUUGGUGAAAGAAUGUCUCCCUGCUUGAUUGGCAGGUGCAAUGUGGACCUGUUGGUCUUUGAUGCUUGAUCCCCAGGGUGGCUCAGUCACAGUAAGUUGAGUGUGAAGAAGCCUCCACUGCCAGGUUUCCUUUAAGACCUGAGGUCUUGUUGCCUGUGGAAGUAUUUUCAGCAUCCAUGUCUUAGUGGCCACAUAGCAGACAGGGAGCUUUAGGGUACAGAGGCACUGGGGAGAGUCCCUGGUCUCUUUGAGGAUAUUUGCAUGGGAGUAUGUUCCUUAAGGCAGCCGAGGGGGUUCCAGGCACUGUUCUGUCCUCCUCUUCUUUGCAUUUCGCUUCCAUUUCUGGGACUUUGCCCCACUCCUCCUGUCUCCCUUGAGGCUUUAUUUAUGUCAGCCUGAGAGCAGGCCACAGGGCCUUUUAAAGUGAUGCACACAGAUAUCAGGCCAACCCAGUUUUUUUUUUUUUUUUAAUAAGUAGGUCAUGUUGUUUCUACUAAGUAGGAUUUUAAGAACUCCUUAAAGAAAAAGUAUUUUAAGAAGGGAUGACAAGCAUCCAGUUUCAGUCUUGUGUAUGGAACUUGCCAGGAGCAUGGUGGUUCUUGGGAAUUCCUCAGAGAUCAGGAACAGCCAUGGGAUCACUGGGGGCUCCUGUGUCUACACCAGGAGGCAUCCUAUACAAGUGGGGAGGGCCGUGGUGGGCCUAGAAGGAGCGCCUGAUCCCUGGAAGCUGGCGACUUGGAACCUGCACAGCAAGGAACUAUUCUAUCAGCCCUGCCUCUAAGGAGUGUGCUGUGGACCUCCUUCUCCCUGAACAAUGAACUUUUCCUGGUAAAUAGGGAACAACUUAAAACUUGCGAAUUGUCCUGAAUAAGCCUUUUCGUGUAAUCCCAGUCAUACGAUGAUACUAGUGUACUCAAGCCCUGGGGAAUCAGAAAGGGAAGAACUUACCAUAGGAUUUGUCACACAGUUCCCUAGAGAAUGGGAAUAAUUGCUGUAACAACCCAUUGAAAUGUCCUAGAAUUCUAAUAUUUGUAAAAUUGCAAAGAAGCCUGCUAGCUGUGGAGACUGCUGUGUUCACAGGCGCAAACAGUCAAAAUGCUUUAUCUGAUUUGAGGGCUGGGUCCUCAAAUGUCCUGUGUCUGAAGUCAAUGUUUUGUUUACAGAGCAGAAUGCAAGAAGUACACUUUCAGGAAAGCUUACAUAGUCUCCAAGUCUGGGCUUCUCACACAGGGUUUCGGAAAAAUGAUGAAAUGAAAGCUAUGGAUGUUUUGCCAAUUCUGAAGGAAAAAGUCGCCUAUCUUUCAGGUGGUAGAGAUAAGCGUGGAGGUCCCAUUUUAACAUUUCCAGCCCGCAGCAAUCAUGACAGAAUACGGCAGGAGGACCUCAGGAGGCUCAUUUCCUAUUUAGCCUGCAUUCCCAGUGAGGAAGUCUGCAAGCGAGGGUUCACAGUGAUUGUGGACAUGCGCGGCUCCAAGUGGGACUCCAUCAAGCCGCUGCUGAAGAUCCUGCAGGAGUCCUUUCCGUGCUGCAUCCACAUAGCCCUGAUAAUCAAGCCCGACAACUUCUGGCAGAAACAGAGGACGAAUUUUGGCAGCUCCAAAUUUGAAUUUGAGACAAAUAUGGUCUCCUUAGAAGGCCUUACCAAAGUAGUUGAUCCUUCCCAGCUAACUCCCGAGUUUGACGGCUGCCUGGAAUACAACCAUGAGGAGUGGAUAGAAAUCCGAGUAGCUUUCGAGGAGUACAUUAGCAAUGCAGCCCAUAUGCUGUCACGGCUAGAGGAACUUCAGGAUGUUCUCGCCAAAAAGGAGUUGCCUCAGGACCUAGAGGGGGCUCGGAACAUGAUCGACGAGCACUCCCAGUUGAAGAAGAAGGUGAUCAAGGCCCCCAUUGAGGACUUGGACUUAGAAGGGCAGAAGCUGCUUCAGCGGAUACAGAGCAGCGACAGUUUCCCCAAAAAGAACUCAGGCUCGGGCAAUGCAGACCUGCAGAACCUCCUGCCCAAGGUGUCCACCAUGCUAGACAGGCUGCACUCCACCCGGCAGCACCUCCACCAGAUGUGGCACGUGAGGAAACUGAAGCUGGACCAGUGCUUCCAGCUGCGGCUGUUCGAACAGGAUGCUGAGAAGAUGUUUGACUGGAUCACUCACAACAAAGGCCUGUUUCUGAACAGCUACACGGAGAUCGGGACCAGCCACCCGCAUGCCAUGGAACUUCAGACGCAGCACAAUCAUUUUGCCAUGAACUGUAUGAACGUAUAUGUAAAUAUAAACCGCAUAAUGUCAGUGGCCAAUCGCCUGGUGGAGUCGGGCCACUACGCCUCUCAGCAGAUUAAGCAGAUUGCAAAUCAGCUGGAACAAGAGUGGAAGGCGUUUGCAGCAGCCUUGGACGAGCGCAGCACCUUGUUGGACAUGUCCUCCAUCUUUCACCAGAAGGCUGAGAAGUACAUGAGCAACGUGGACUCGUGGUGUAAGGCCUGUGGUGAAGUAGACCUUCCCUCGGAGCUGCAGGACCUGGAAGACGCCAUUCAUCAUCACCAGGGCAUCUACGAGCACAUCACCCUCGCCUACUCAGAGGUGAGCCAGGAUGGGAAGUCCCUCCUUGAUAAGCUCCAGCGCCCCCUGACCCCCGGCAGCUCCGACUCCCUCACCGCCUCCGCCAACUACUCCAAGGCUGUGCACCACGUCUUGGAUGUCAUCCACGAGGUCCUGCACCACCAGCGCCAGCUGGAGAACAUCUGGCAGCACCGCAAGGUUCGGCUCCACCAGAGGCUGCAGCUCUGCGUCUUCCAGCAGGACGUUCAGCAGGUGCUGGACUGGAUAGAGAACCACGGAGAAGCGUUUCUGAGCAAACACACGGGCGUGGGCAAAUCCCUUCACCGGGCCAGAGCUUUGCAGAAACGCCACGAGGACUUCGAGGAAGUCGCACAGAACACGUACACAAACGCAGAUAAACUGCUAGAAGCAGCAGAGCAGCUGGCUCAGACGGGGGAAUGUGACCCCGAAGAGAUUUAUCAGGCUGCCCAUCAGCUUGAAGACCGGAUACAAGAUUUUGUUCGGCGAGUUGAACAACGAAAGAUCCUGCUGGACAUGUCUGUGUCAUUUCACACGCACGUAAAAGAGCUCUGGACAUGGCUGGAGGAGUUACAGAAGGAACUGCUGGACGACGUGUACGCCGAGUCGGUGGAGGCCGUGCAGGACCUCAUCAAGCGAUUCGGCCAGCAGCAGCAGACCACCCUGCAGGUGACUGUCAACGUGAUCAAGGAAGGAGAAGACCUCAUCCAGCAGCUGAGGGACUCCGCCAUCUCCAGUAACAAAACUCCGCACAACAGUUCCAUCAACCACAUCGAGACGGUGCUACAGCAGCUGGACGAGGCUCAGUCCCAGAUGGAGGAGCUCUUCCAGGAGCGCAAGAUCAAGCUGGAGCUCUUCCUGCAGCUGCGCAUCUUCGAGCGGGAUGCCAUCGAUAUCAUCUCGGACCUUGAGUCGUGGAAUGAUGAGCUUUCCCAGCAAAUGAAUGACUUCGAUACGGAGGACCUGACGAUCGCAGAGCAGCGCCUACAGCACCAUGCAGACAAAGCCCUGACCAUGAAUAACUUGACUUUCGAUGUCAUCCACCAAGGACAGGAUCUUCUGCAGUAUGUCAAUGAGGUCCAGGCCUCUGGUGUGGAGCUGCUUUGUGACAGAGAUGUGGACAUGGCCACUCGGGUUCAGGACCUCCUGGAGUUUCUUCAUGAGAAGCAGCAGGAGUUGGAUUUGGCAGCUGAGCAGCAUCGGAAACACUUGGAGCAGUGUGUGCAGUUGCGCCACCUGCAGGCGGAAGUGAAGCAGGUGCUGGGCUGGAUCCGAAAUGGAGAGUCCAUGCUAAAUGCUGGGCUCAUCACGGCCAGCUCGCUGCAGGAAGCCGAGCAGCUGCAGCGAGAACACGAGCAGUUCCAGCAUGCGAUUGAGAAAACGCACCAGAGCGCGCUGCAGGUACAGCAGAAGGCGGAGGCCAUGCUGCAGGCCAACCACUAUGACAUGGACAUGAUCCGGGACUGUGCAGAGAAGGUCGCCUCGCACUGGCAGCAGCUCAUGCUGAAGAUGGAAGACCGCCUCAAGCUUGUCAAUGCCUCUGUCGCCUUCUACAAGACUUCUGAGCAGGUCUGCAGUGUCCUGGAAAGUCUGGAACAGGAGUACAAGAGAGAAGAGGACUGGUGUGGCGGGGCCGACAAGCUGGGCCCCAAUUCUGAGACUGACCACGUCACCCCCAUGAUUAGCAAGCACCUCGAACAAAAGGAAGCCUUCCUGAAGGCUUGCACACUGGCCAGGAGGAACGCAGACGUCUUCCUAAAGUACCUGCACAGGAACAGCGUGAGCAUGCCGGGGAUGGUGACGCACAUCAAAGCUCCGGAACAGCAAGUAAAAAAUAUCUUGAAUGAACUCUUCCAGCGGGAAAACAGGGUAUUGCAUUAUUGGACCAUGAGGAAAAGGCGGCUGGACCAGUGUCAGCAGUACGUGGUCUUCGAGAGGAGCGCCAAGCAGGCAUUAGAGUGGAUCCACGACAAUGGGGAGUUCUACCUUUCCACACAUACCUCAACAGGGUCCAGCAUUCAGCACACACAGGAGCUGUUGAAAGAACACGAGGAGUUUCAGAUAACUGCCAAGCAAACCAAAGAGAGGGUGAAGCUAUUGAUACAGCUGGCCGAUGGCUUUUGUGAAAAAGGGCAUGCCCAUGCAGCAGAAAUUAAAAAAUGUGUGACCGCAGUGGAUAAGAGGUACAGAGAUUUCUCUCUGCGCAUGGAGAAGUACCGGACCUCUUUGGAGAAAGCCCUGGGGAUUUCUUCAGAUUCCAACAAAUCGAGUAAAAGCCUGCAGUUGGACAUCAUCCCUGCCAGUAUCCCCGGGUCAGAGGUGAAGCUUCGGGAUGCUGCCCACGAGCUUAAUGAAGAGAAGCGGAAGUCUGCCCGCAGGAAAGAGUUCAUCAUGGCUGAACUAAUUCAAACGGAAAAGGCUUAUGUCAGAGACCUCCGAGAGUGUAUGGAUACCUACCUGUGGGAAAUGACCAGCGGCGUGGAGGAGAUCCCGCCAGGCAUUGUCAACAAGGAGCUCAUCAUCUUCGGGAACAUGCAGGAGAUCUACGAGUUCCACAACAACAUCUUCCUGAAGGAGCUGGAGAAGUACGAGCAGCUCCCAGAGGACGUGGGACACUGCUUCGUCACCUGGGCAGACAAGUUUCAGAUGUAUGUCACAUACUGCAAAAAUAAACCUGAUUCUACACAGCUGAUACUAGAGCACGCAGGGUCCUACUUUGAUGAGAUCCAGCAGCGGCAUGGCUUAGCCAAUUCCAUCUCUUCCUACCUGAUCAAACCAGUUCAGCGGAUAACAAAGUAUCAGCUCCUUUUAAAGGAGCUGCUCACAUGCUGUGAGGAAGGAAAGGGGGAGAUCAAAGAUGGCCUGGAGGUGAUGCUCAGCGUGCCCAAGCGAGCCAAUGAUGCCAUGCACCUCAGCAUGCUGGAAGGGUUUGACGAAAACAUUGAGUCUCAGGGAGAGCUCAUCCUGCAGGAGUCCUUCCAAGUGUGGGACCCGAAAACCUUAAUUCGGAAGGGUCGAGAACGGCAUCUCUUCCUUUUUGAAAUGUCCUUGGUGUUUAGUAAAGAAGUGAAAGACUCCAGCGGGAGAAGCAAGUACCUGUACAAAAGCAAGCUGUUUACCUCAGAGUUGGGUGUCACAGAACACGUUGAAGGAGAUCCUUGCAAAUUUGCACUGUGGGUGGGGAGGACGCCAACUUCAGAUAAUAAAAUUGUCCUUAAGGCAUCCAGUAUCGAGAACAAGCAGGACUGGAUCAAGCACAUCCGUGAGGUGAUCCAGGAGAGGACGGUGCACCUGAGAGGAGCCCUGAAGGAGCCCAUUCACAUCCCCAAAACAGCUCCGGCAGCAAGGCAGAAGGGGAGGAGGGAUGGAGAAGACCUGGACAGCCAAGGGGAUGGCAGCAGCCAGCCCGACACCAUUUCCAUCGCCUCCAGGACAUCUCAGAACACACUGGACAGUGAUAAGCUUUCUGGUGGCUGCGAGCUGACGGUCGUGAUUCAUGACUUCACAGCCUGCAACAGCAAUGAGCUGACCAUCCGGCGUGGCCAGACAGUGGAGGUCCUGGAACGGCCUCACGACAAGCCCGACUGGUGUCUGGUGCGCACCACUGACAGGUCCCCUGCAGCAGAAGGCCUCGUGCCCUGUGGCUCACUGUGCAUCGCCCACUCCCGAAGUAGCAUGGAGAUGGAGGGCAUCUUCAACCACAAAGACUCACUGUCGGUCUCCAGUAAUGACGCCAGCCCACCGGCCUCUGUGGCUUCCCUUCAGCCCCACAUGAUCGGAGCACAGAGUUCACCAGGUCCCAAGCGGCCCGGCAACACCCUGCGCAAGUGGCUCACGAGCCCCGUGCGGCGGCUCAGCAGCGGUAAGGCCGAUGGGCAUGCGAAGAAGCUGGCCCACAAGCACAAGAAGAGCCGGGAGGUCCGUAAGAGCGCGGAUGCUGGAUCGCAGAAGGAUUCGGAUGACAGCGCUGCCACCCCGCAGGAUGAAACCAUCGAAGAGAGAGGACGGAACGAGGGUCUCAGCAGUGGUACGCUGUCCAAGUCCUCGUCCUCGGGCAUGCAGAGCUGCGGAGAAGAAGAAGGCGAGGAGGGCGCCGACGCUGUACCACUGCCUCCCCCCAUGGCCAUUCAGCAGCACAGCCUCCUUCAGCCGGACUCGCAGGAUGACAAGGCCUCUUCAAGGUUAUUGGUCCGCCCCACCAGUUCUGAGACUCCCAGCGCAGCUGAGCUCGUCAGUGCUAUUGAAGAACUCGUGAAAAGCAAAAUGGCACUGGAGGAUCGUCCCAGCUCGCUGCUCGUCGACCAGGGAGACAGUAGCAGCCCAUCCUUCAAUCCCUCAGACAAUUCCCUCCUCUCAUCCUCCUCACCCAUUGAUGAGAUGGAAGAAAGAAAAUGCAGCUCUCUGAAGAGAAGGCACUAUGUUUUGCAAGAGUUAGUGGAGACAGAGCGAGACUAUGUACGGGACCUUGGCUGUGUGGUUGAGGGCUACAUGGCACUUAUGAAGGAAGACGGCGUUCCUGAUGACAUGAAGGGAAAAGACAAGAUCGUGUUUGGCAACAUCCAUCAGAUUUAUGACUGGCACAGAGACUUUUUUUUAGGAGAGUUGGAGAAGUGCCUUGAAGAUCCAGAAAAACUCGGAUCCCUUUUUGUAAAGCACGAGAGACGGUUGCACAUGUACAUAGUUUAUUGUCAAAAUAAGCCAAAGUCUGAGCACAUUGUGUCCGAGUACAUCGACACCUUUUUUGAGGACUUAAAGCAGCGCCUGGGCCACAGACUGCAGCUCACUGAUCUGUUGAUCAAACCGGUGCAGAGAAUCAUGAAGUACCAGCUGCUCCUGAAGGACUUCCUCAAGUACUCAAAAAAAGCUAGCCUGGACACAUCCGAAUUAGAGAAAGCUGUAGAAGUCAUGUGCAUCGUGCCGAAGCGCUGUAAUGACAUGAUGAACGUCGGGCGGCUGCAGGGAUUUGACGGUAAAAUUGUUGCCCAGGGUAAACUGCUCUUACAGGACACAUUCCUGGUCACAGAUCAAGACGCAGGACUUCUGCCUCGAUGCAAAGAGAGGCGGGUUUUCCUCUUUGAACAGAUCGUCAUAUUCAGCGAACCACUUGAUAAAAAAAAGGGCUUUUCCAUGCCAGGAUUUCUGUUCAAGAACAGUAUCAAGGUGAGUUGCCUCUGCUUGGAGGAAAAUGUGGAGAGCGAUCCCUGUAAGUUCGCCCUGACGUCCAGGACGGGCGAUGCCGUGGAGACUUUCGUUUUGCAUUCAUCCAGUCCAAGCGUCCGGCAAACGUGGAUCCAUGAGAUCAACCAAAUCUUAGAAAACCAGCGCAACUUUUUAAACGCCUUGACAUCACCCAUCGAGUACCAGAGGAACCAUAGUGGGGGCGGCGGCAGUGGCAGCGGGGGCAGCAGCGGCGGGGGCGGGGGCAGCGGCGGCAGCGGGGCCUCCAGCGGAGGCAGCAGCAGCCAUGGCAGUGGCCCCAGCAGCUGUAGCAGUGGCCCCAGCUCGAGCAGGAGCAGGCCCUCCAGGAUCCCACAGCCUGUCAGACACCACCCCCCCAUGCUGGUCUCCUCUGCAGCCUCAAGCCAGGCAGAGGCAGACAAGAUGUCAGGUAUGUCUGCUCCCAGCCCCUCACUGCCUACCCCCAGCAGCAGCCUGGCCCUUGAGGCCAGCCUUGGCCAGCCCAGCAGGCUCCCCCUGAGUGGAGACUCCGAAGGUCAUGAGCGAGAAACAGAACCCAUUCCCAAGAUGAAGGUGAUGGAGAGCCCCCGGAAGGCCCCGGGGAGUACUUCCGGUACAAGCCAAGACGGAAACACCAAGGAUGCCCGGGGAAACCUGGGCUCACUGCCUCUGGGCAAGACUAGACCUGGGGCCGUCUCACCGCUGAACUCUCCUCUCUCCACUACGUUCCCUUCUCCUUUUGGCAAGGAGGCCUUUCCUCCCAGCAGCCCCUUGCAGAAGGGGGGCUCCUUCUGGAGCUCCAUUCCUGCUUCCCCUGCCAGCCGGCCAAGCUCCUUCACCUUCCCGGGGGACAGUGACUCCCUCCAGCGACAGACGCACCGCCAUGCAGCCCCCAGCAAGGACACAGACCGCAUGAGCACGUGCUCCUCGGCCAGCGAGCAGUCCGUGCAGUCCACUCAGAGCAACGGGAGUGAAGGCAGCAGCAGUAGCAACAUCUCCACCAUGCUGGUGACACACGAGUACACGGCAGUGAAGGAGGAUGAGAUAAACGUCUAUCAAGGAGAGGUCGUUCAAAUUCUGGCCAGCAACCAGCAGAACAUGUUUCUGGUGUUCCGAGCCGCCACUGACCAGUGCCCCGCAGCCGAGGGCUGGAUUCCGGGCUUCGUCUUGGGCCAUACGAGUGCAGUUAUCAUGGAGAACCCCGACGGGACUCUCAAGAAAUCAACAUCUUGGCACACAGCACUCCGUUUAAGGAAGAAGUCUGAGAAGAAAGAUAAAGACGGCAAAAGGGAUGGCAAGUUGGAGAAUGGGUACAGGAAGCCACGAGAAGGGCUCAGUAACAAGGUAUCUGUGAAGCUUCUUAACCCCAACUACAUUUAUGACGUUCCCCCAGAAUUUGUUAUCCCAUUGAGUGAGGUCACGUGCGAGACAGGGGAGACCGUUGUUUUUAGAUGUCGUGUCUGUGGCCGCCCCAAGGCCUCAAUCACCUGGAAGGGCCCCGAACACAACACUUUGAACAACGAUGACCACUACAGCAUCUCCUACAGUGACAUUGGGGAGGCCACUCUGAAGAUCAUUGGUGUAAGCACAGAAGAUGAUGGCAUCUACACCUGCAUCGCUGUGAAUGACAUGGGUUCAGCCUCAUCUUCUGCCAGCCUGAGGGUUCUAGGUCCAGGGAGUGAUGGGAUCGUGGUGACUUGGAAGGACAACUUCGACGCCUUCUACAGUGAAGUGGCUGAGCUUGGCAGGGGCAGGUUUGCUGUAGUUAAGAAAUGUGACCAGAAGGGAACCAAACGAGCAGUGGCCACAAAGUUUGUGAACAAGAAGUUGAUGAAGCGUGACCAGGUCACUCAUGAGCUCGGCAUCCUGCAGAACCUGCAGCACCCCCUCCUCGUGAGCCUUCUUGACACCUUCGAGACCCCCACCAGUUACGUCCUGGUUCUGGAAAUGGCUGACCAAGGUCGCCUCCUUGACUGUGUGGUCCGGUGGGGAAGCCUCACCGAAGGGAAGGUCAGAGCGCACCUGGGGGAAGUUCUGGAAGCCGUCCGAUACCUUCACAACUGCAGGAUAGCACACCUGGACCUAAAGCCUGAGAAUAUCUUGGUGGAUCAGAGUUUGGCCAAGCCAACCAUUAAACUGGCUGACUUUGGAGACGCUGUCCAGCUCAACACCACCUACUACAUCCACCAGUUGCUGGGGAACCCCGAGUUUGCAGCCCCGGAAAUCAUUCUUGGGAACCCUGUCUCCCUGACCGCGGACACAUGGAGUGUUGGGGUGCUCACCUACGUGCUGCUCAGCGGCGUGUCCCCCUUCCUGGAUGACAGCGUGGAAGAGACCUGCCUGAAUAUUUGCCGGCUGGACUUUAGCUUCCCAGAGGACUACUUUCAAGGAGUUAGCCAGAAGGCCAAAGAAUUCGUGUGCUUCCUCCUACAGGAGGACCCCGCCAAGCGUCCCUCGGCUGCACUGGCCCUGCAGGAACAGUGGCUGCAGGCAGGCAACGGCAGCGGCAAAGGCACGGGCGUCCUCGACACGUCCAGACUGACCUCCUUCAUUGAGCGGCGCAAACACCAGAAUGAUGUUCGACCUAUCCGUAGCAUUAAAAACUUCUUACAGAGCAGGCUUCUGCCUAGAGUUUGACCUAUCUUGAAGUUCUUUCUCAUUCUCUUUCACCUGCCAAUCAGCUGUUAAUUUGAAUUUUUGAAGAGGAAACCAAACCAAAACUAAGUGGCCGGCCGCCGGCUGUUCAUCGUGUGAAAUGGCAUUCCAAGUGAGCUGUGCUCAACAGCGCUUGGGCUCAGAGCUGCAAGGUGCGCUGGGGUGGAGGACCUUCAGUUACACUCUGCAUGGGCAGAGACCGCAUUGCUGGAUCACAGUAUUUUAUUCAGGUUCCUGCAAAAAUAAUAAUAAUAAUAAUAAAAAAGAGAUACUUUUUUUAAUGAACAUGGAUAGAAUUUUGCAAAUUUAACAUUUUCAAGAUUUAUUCAAAAAAAAAAAAAAACACAUGCCUAUGUUCAAACCACUGGUGUUACACAGAACUGAGAAACUGUGCAUUUCUGGGAGAGACUCGCCAGGUGGCAGCCACUCCCAUGGGCUCAGCCAGUGCUUGGUGUCCACCUGGCACCGAGCUUUUCCAGCUGCCUCGUCUGGGUACAUCCUGCCGGGCACCAGACUUGGCUUCUGAGAUGUGUGUUCAACCUCAAUCUUUUGCAUAAAAUAUAAUGAAUGGUUUUGCUCUGAUGAAAUGUAGGCCUUACUUGUACAUAAGACUCUUCCUGCCUUUUGUCUGGCAAUCCCCCACCCCUUCCCCUCCUACCCACCGCCUGGGCCUUCCUCUCGGGGGGUCUGAUGGGGUCUGUCCAUCCAAUGGAGACUUGAGGCUGGGUCCAGCCCCACUGCCCCCUCCCCAGCCCCACCACCCCAAACCGUCAAUCAGAUUGUUGAACGGUAUACAGUCAGAUGAAAAUACUGUAAAUGCACUCAUUGGGGUUUUGUUUGUUUUGGUUUUUUUGUUUGUUUUGGUUUUUGUUGUUUUUAUUUCAUACCAUGUGCAAUGUUGUGGCUUUAACAUUUUCUGCAACUAUUUAUGAAGACUUCUGUUAUACAUGUAAUAAAUAUAUAGAAAAAGCACAUACUUCGCAAGUGAGCUUUAUGGUUCUGUGUGUGUUGGGGGUGGGUCGUAGCCCUGUGCCAUCCGUCAAGGACACUUAACUCUUCGUGAAAUUUGUCAGUUUUGAGGACUGUAAAAAGUGAUUUCAUACUCUGAAUAUAAAACUGGAUAAUAGGGUAAUGUUUUAAAUUUUAUUAUGCUAUUAUUCAGAAUGCCAAAGUAUUAUUUUUUUCCCAGAAUCAGUCUGAACAUUUACUACUUUUUAGACUUUUUGACAUUCAACUUUCUGUAUAAAAAUUGGCUGGAUUUUAAGCUUUUGGUAAGAAAGCCAAUUAAGUACUGGCCACCCUGAGGCUGGUACGCAGUGCCCGAGUCACUGUGGCGGAGCUGGCGCUGGGGUGGGAAGUCCUUCAACACAAGAAGUUGGAUUUCUGGCAAGCUUGGAUUUUUCUGGAUGUCUUUUUAUCUUUAUUGUGUGAAAUACACUUAAAAAAGAGACCAGCUUGCUUCCCAAGCCAGACAGACAUCUGGGUCGUGAGCCAUAAACUGGCAUAAUUAAGCUUUGCAGUUUCCGGUGUAUUUAUUUAUUCUUCUGUUGGGUUUUUUUGUUUGUUUGUUUCUUGUAAAAUUGUACAGAAACUUUUUAAGAGAAAUUGGAUUCAAAAACUGGAUGUGUAUCUGUAACCUCAUAACUUUUAUUUGUGUACUGUUUUCUUUGAUUAUUUCAGUUAAAACUUUUACAUUAUUUUUUUGCAUGUAUAUUUCUUUGUACAGAGACCGUACAUGUUUACACAGUAUGAUGUGAUGUAAAUAUUUUAUUUUGCCAUCAGUUAUUUUAAAAAAUUAAACAUAUUUGCCUGA